CAUCACCGAGGGCUCCUAGGAGUUCCGUGUAGGGGGCCUGAGGACGGAAGUGACGUUUCUGUGGUUCCGGACUGCGUCAGCCCUUGGGCCGGCUCCGCCCGCACGUGUGAGGUGCUGCAUGGAGGGGCCCGCGGAGGAAGGGACCGGGAGGGGCUGCCCCGCCGCGGCCCCGGGGACCCAGAGCGCGACGGAGGCGGGGGGCUUCACCAGGGUCCCCAAGCGGAGCAAACGGAAGCGGCGGGCGGCCGAGCUGGACGGGGGCGGCGGGAGCCGCAUGGACACGGGGCAGCCCUGGCCCAGCAAGCGGCCCGACUUCCCGCCCGUCUCCGGGGACGCGCUCAGGAGCGGAAAAGAUGAAAUGAGGAAAAUUCCUGUACCAGCACACAGAUAUACUCCUUUGAAAGAAAACUGGAUGAAAAUAUUCACACCUAUUGUAGAACACCUGCAACUUCAAAUCAGAUUUAAUUUAAAAUCAAGAAAUGUAGAAAUCAAGACUUGUAAAGAGACAAAAGAUGUAAGUGCUCUGACGAAAGCAGCUGACUUUGUGAAAGCAUUUAUUCUUGGAUUUCAAGUUGAGGAUGCUCUUGCUCUCGUCAGGUUAGACGACCUUUUCCUAGAAUCUUUUGAAGUUACAGAUGUCAAGCCUUUGAAAGGAGAUCACCUUUCUAGAGCAAUAGGAAGAAUAGCAGGAAAAGGUGGAAAAACCAAAUUCACUAUAGAAAAUGUAACCAGGACACGAAUAGUUCUUGCUGACUCGAAAAUUCAUAUUUUAGGAUCUUUUCAGAAUAUUAAGAUGGCACGAACAGCAAUUUGCAAUCUCAUUUUAGGAAGCCCUCCAUCAAAAGUCUAUGGCAAUAUUAGAGCUGUGGCGAGCAGAGCAGCUGAAAGAUUCUAAGACUCAGGACUCUAAUUUUGGACUCUGUAUCCAAUAUACAGAUAUUGUGGCUGGAGAUCUUAAUACACAGCCAAUGUGUAUAGAAUAACACCAGUUCUGCAUGAAGCAGGUGCUCAGCCUCCUUCAACUUGAUUGGGAAACUUAGAAGAAAGUAGGGCUGCUUUUGCAGUCUGUUUUCGUUCAGGCAUAAUGUCUGAUCUUUUGACACAAUAUUUAAGUAAUUUAACGUAAACCCUUGUAUAUUCAUUAAAGAUUAAUGCUUUAUCACUAA